AUGAACUGUAUUAAUUUCGAAAAGUGGAUAACGGAGAAAUUAUUACCUAAUAUCGCAUCCAAUUCCGAAACUGUUAUGGGUAACGCUCUUUACCACUCGAUACAACUUAAUAAACCUCCUAAUAGGUACGCGAAAAAGGCAGACAUAAUAAAUUGGUUAAAGGACAACAACAUUUCGUAUGCGGAAACAAUGAGACGAAAUGAAUUGUACAAUCUUGUUUUGGCACAUAAGAAAACGGAAAAAACAUUUAGAGUUGACGAAAUUUUAAAAUUGAAUGGCCACACCGUAUUUAGACUUCCGCCUUACAUGUGCGAGCUUAACCCAAUCGAAUUAGCUUGGGCACAAGUGAAAAGGACAAUUCGUGAAAAUAAUACAUUGACAUUAACAGCAAGUGAAUUAGCAAUUCUAACCUAUAAAGCAAUUGAAGAAGUAACAGAAACAAAUUGGGAAAACUUUUCAAAACAUGUGGAAAAAACUGAAGAGAAAUCCUGCGAGAAAGAUGGACUAUUAAAAGAAGCCAUGAAUGAAUUAACAUUGGAUAUUUUAAGUACUGAUUCGGAUCAUUCAUCAGACACUGAUAGUGCUUUCACUAUGUCUGAUAAUGUUUAA